AUGCUCUAUGUUGUAGAAAAACCGUCAGAGUAUAGAGACUUUAUUGCUAGAGUUGGCUCACUGGAUGUCAUAUACGCUAUUUGGACAGUAAAUACCGCAUACGGAAAUCAUGAAAUAAUGGGUUAUUUGCCGUUCUUAGUACUCGGUUAUCUUGGUUUCAACUUGAAUCUUUCUAUCAAAAUGCAACCAGAUACAAUUCGAUCGGUGGACUAUUAUAAGGGAAAAAUGAGAGUGGCUAUAAUUGGGUCAAUUAUCUAUUUAAUUGGUCAUUUCAUUGUUUUGUACUCACUCGAUUUGGAUGGAUGGACCCACUAUACCAUAUUCAACCUUCUCAAUGUGUUUUAUGCAUUAUUUUAUAUCAGAUACACAUGGAAAAUUGUGGAUAUUAUCGGAUUCAACUUGAAAUAUGGAUAUGGUAUUGGACUAGCUGUUUGUGCACUAGUCACUAUAAUUGUUUGCUGGUAUCAGAAUCUUCGAAAAAUGCGCAUAUAUGAAGUCUACGCAUUACUUCAUUGUAUCUACGAUUUCUGUCUCACUUUCAAAUAUUUUUGUAUCGAAAUACCGGGUCCUGAAGAGACUUUAUUGCAACGGAUUAAGACUGAAUGA